AUGGUUGAGGAUCUUAAGGAGCACGCAAAUGGUUAUAAACGCGAAAACCAGCAUUUGAAAGCUGAAAUUGAAGAUCUUCAUCGAAAAUCGAAGAGUCUCUCUGAAAAUUUGGCGAGUUUGAAAAAUGAGAAUGAAAAGCUUUCCAACGAGAAAAUGCGGCUGAAAACUGAGAAUGCCGACUUGAUCGCUGAGAACGAGGAGCUCAUAAGAUCGAAAACAGAUGAAGAACAGGCUGCUUUGACGGAAAUGAAAGGAGAUUUAGAAAUAGCAAAAAGGGAGAAAAGCUCGAUUCAGGAAAAUUUGGAUAUCGAAAGAAUCAGAAAAAUUUACGUCCAUUCCUGCAUCGGAAUUUAUGAUGGGUUAAUGGUGAUGGGAGGUGGCAACGAAAAUGCCGCUUCAAAGGAUAUAUAUCUGUUUCGCGACUCAGAAUGGACCGUCGUUGGGCAGCUUAAUGAAUAUCAUAAAUACUCUUCCCCAAAGCGAAUCGGAAAUACGAUCUUUCUUGUCAGCGGUUAUAAUGUGGAGAAACUUGAAUGGGAUGGAGAAAAAAUAUCAUCAGCAAAAGUUAUCAACAUUACUCAUAUAUUUGGAAAAUUUGAGCGGCCGAUAGUUUUUCCUGUUGACGAAUUUUUCUGUACAUAA